UGAUUGGACGAGACGACAGUGGAAAAAUUCCCCGGCGUGGACACAAAGAACUGUGCGGUACUAAUUGUGGAGUAAAAUGGCGCUGUCGUCUGCAGGAGGAACAAAGAAGAAAGUUUGCUAUUAUUAUGACGGCGACGUGGGUAAUUAUUACUAUGGUCAGGGUCAUCCCAUGAAACCCCACAGGAUCCGUAUGACCCACAACCUGCUGCUCAACUAUGGACUGUACAGGAAGAUGGAGAUCUACAGACCCCACAAGGCCAGUGGAGAGGAGAUGACCAAAUACCACAGUGACGACUACAUCAAGUUUCUGCGUUCCAUCCGGCCAGACAACAUGUCAGAACACAGCAAACAGAUGCAGAGAUUUAAUGUGGGAGAGGACUGCCCAGUGUUUGACGGCCUGUUUGAGUUCUGUCAGCUCUCAACGGGAGGCUCUGUCGCGGGGGCAGUGAAGCUGAACAAGCAGCAGACGGACAUCGCCAUCAACUGGGCCGGAGGACUCCAUCAUGCCAAGAAGUCUGAGGCCUCUGGGUUCUGCUACGUCAACGACAUCGUCCUCGCCAUCCUGGAGCUGCUCAAGUACCACCAGAGGGUGUUGUACAUAGACAUCGACAUUCACCAUGGAGACGGGGUGGAAGAGGCUUUCUUCACCACAGACCGGGUCAUGACGGUGUCCUUCCACAAGUAUGGAGAAUACUUCCCUGGUACCGGAGACCUGAGGGACAUUGGAGCAGGGAAAGGGAAGUACUACGCUGUAAACUACCCUCUCAGAGACGGCAUCGACGAUGAGUCUUACGAAGCCAUCUUCAAACCUGUGAUGGCUAAAGUGAUGGAGAUGUUCCAACCCAGUGCAGUCGUGUUACAGUGUGGAGCCGACUCUCUCUCAGGAGACAGACUGGGCUGUUUCAACCUCACCAUCAAAGGUCAUGCUAAGUGUGUUGAGUACAUGAAGAGUUUCAACCUGCCUCUGUUGAUGUUGGGAGGUGGAGGUUAUACCAUCCGUAAUGUGGCCCGCUGCUGGACAUACGAGACCGCUGUGGCUCUGGACAGCAUUAUACCUAACGAGCUGCCAUACAACGACUACUUUGAGUACUUUGGUCCUGACUUCAAGCUCCACAUCAGCCCGUCUAACAUGACCAACCAGAACACCAAUGAUUACCUGGAGAAGAUCAAACAGAGGCUGUUUGAGAACCUGCGCAUGCUGCCCCACGCUCCGGGGGUCCAGAUACAGGCCAUCCCAGAAGACGCUCCACACCCGGACUCUGGAGAUGAGGAGGACGAGGACCCUGACAAACGCAUCUCCAUCAGGGCCCAUGAUAAGAGGAUAGCCUGUGAAGAGGAGUUCUCUGACUCUGAGGAUGAGGGACAGGGAGGAGGAGGAAGGAGGAACGCUGCCAACCAUAAGAAGACCAAACGAGUCAAGACUGAGGAGGAGAAAGAGGAGACUGAGGAGAAGAAAGAAGUGAAAGACGAGGAUAAAGACGCUGAAGAGAAGAUGGACACAACAGGGCCAAAAGAAGAAGCUAAGACAUGUUGAAGCACCAGAUAUGAGUUUCCAGUUGUGUGUGUGUGUGUGUGUGUGUGUGUGUGUGUGUUGUGGUGGGUGUGUGUGAAAUGAUUCUCUUAAUGCUGUGUUAGUAUUUCCUCAUACGCGGUCAAAUCUUUUGGGCUUUUGUCAGUGUUGAAAUGCAAGGUGUUUUCAAAAUAUUUUUUACUCGCAUCUCUAUCACAUUAUUUGUUUUUCUUCCCUGAACCACGUGAGAAUCUGAAGCUGUAGUGGGGAGCCUGUAGUGGGGAGCCUGUAGUGGGGAGCCUGUAGUGGGGAGCCUGCUUUAGAUUCUCAGGUGGUGUUGAGGGGAAAAGUGGAUAACUAGUUGUACGAAAGGUUGCUGGAUCGAAUCCCCGAGCCGACAAGGUAAAAAAAUCUGUCAUUCUGCCCCUGAGCAAGGCAGUUAACCCACUGUUCCCCGGGCAUCGAGGACGUCGAUUAAGGCAGCCCCCCCCCCACCUCUCUGAUUCAGAGGGGUUGGGUUAAAUGUGGAAGACAACUGACUAGGUAUCUCCUCUUUCCCCUCAACAUCACCUGAGAAUCUGAAGCAGUAGGGACGUGUUUCUGUUCUGGAGCCUCAACAUCACCUGAGAAUCUGAAAAGAGGUUGGUCAGGAUUCAAUCCAAGGCACGUUUAUAGUGCACUGUUCACUUAACAGUCUUUUUUUUUUAAAGGCAAUUUACGCUGCAGCUGAUACCGUGAAUGUGAUCUCCGCCACUCUAGGGGAAAAAAAAAUCUUUACAAAAACUUCAUUGUCUGAUGCGCUGCUUUUUAACGCACCUUGGAUUGAAUCCCAGGCUUUAGUUCCUCCAUCUUCAGGAGGAGGAACCAUGUGAGGUCGCAGUUG